CAUCAUUUUCACCAAAAAGAGGUAGAUUUGUAUCCAAAUAGUUUAUGUAUGUUAUAGUAACAUUCUGUUACUGAAAAGCUAAUCAGGAACUUUUUACUUUGUCAUUUCAGGUGAUCCAGUAAUAAUUAUCCAGCUAGUUGCUGAAAAUGUCUUCAAAUGUCAAUGACGCCUUGAAUAAAGAUAACGAUGAUGAAGACCACCCUCAGUUCAAGGCCAAGAAAACUCAAGAAUACUUCAGUGCGAACUUCAAGAAGAGGCUCAAUCAUCUAUGGCACGAUUGCCUUUUUUGUGAUGUCACACUGGAAGUAGAGGGAAAAAUGUUUAAGUGUCAUAAAAUUAUCCUCGCAUCAAACUCUCAUUACUUUGAGUCUAUGUUCUCAAAUGGAAUGAGCGAGACAUCACAGAAUAUUAUCAAAAUGAAAGACAUUUCAAGCAAUGUGAUGGAGAAUAUACUGAACUAUAUGUACUGUGAAUUCCCCUCUCUACCUACGUAUGAAGUGGAUGAUGCCAUUGCUUUGUUUAAAGCAGUAGAUAUGCUUCAAAUUGAUAAUGGCAUGAAGGAUGCUUUGCGAGAGUUUCUCUUCUUCAAUACUGAUGAUGACAAUUGUUUCACCAUUUUACAUCUUACUCAAUUUAUCAGGGAUGAUAUAUUGAGGUGCAAGGCCUAUGGAUAUGCAAUAAGCGACUUUGAGACCGUUUCAAAGUCACCAGGAUUUUUGGAACUUGAAAAAGAUAUGCUUGUCAGCUAUCUUAAAGAUGACGAUCUUUUUGUGAACAAAGAAGAAAAUAUAUUUCACAAUAUUGUGAGAUGGAUUAAUCAGGAUCCAAAGAAAAGAAAAACAUAUGCUCCAGAACUAUUUGAUUGUGUGAGAUAUUGUUUCAUUGAGCCAAAAGUCCUGAUUGAUGAAAUUGGGGACCAUGAGUUCAUGGAUGAGUUUCCUUGCUUGAGGAACCGUAUCUUCGCUGCACUCCGUCAUCAAACAACUCCUUGUUACCAGCAUGAAGAUCAUUACUACAAAUGUAAGCCUCGCUAUAGUGAUAUAUCUUUGUGCAUCGUGAACCCUGUACGUGAUGACAAUCAGUUUGAAACUGAUGUUUUUGAUACACAAGAUGAACUGCAUUUUAGGACUGUUGUCACGCAACAAGAAAACAAUGGAAAAAAGCAAGCUUGUUUAAUUGGCAGUCAAAUGUAUGUAUUCGAUGGCAAAACAUUAAAUAAAUGUAACAUGGAGAAACCUGAUGACAUUUUGUGGAAUAAAUGUGAAAGUCCACCUAAUCGUCAUGGUUAUCAAGCUCUUAAAGAAUACACACUCACUUUGUGUGGUGACUUCAUAUACUUGAUUGGUGGUAAGACCCAAUCUGGUGUGUGUAGUAGCAUUGAUUUCUAUGACUACAAAAUGAAUGUUUGGAAAGCACCUCCAGAUGCAGUGCAGGCAUUAAUUCAUCCCGUCAGUGGUCAUCGUGCUGUUGCAUUCAAGGGUGACAUUUACUUAAUUGGGGGAUAUCAGCCUGACUCUAUAACAGGAAGCAAAUUCUUGCAGAUUUACGAUAGCAUCAAUGGUAAGAUCACACUUGGACCUUAUGCCUCUGAUACUUUCAUGUGCCAUUCUGUUGUUUGCUACGAGGGGGAAAUUUUUGUCUUCUCUCCACAGAGAAAGGUCGCGAAGUAUAAUCCUACAAUAAAGCAGUGGACAAGAUUGCAGCCUUCAACAAAACGUAUACCACGCUUUUCUGUGUCAGUUGCGAUUAACUCUAAUAUAAUCAUCCUUGGUGGUACACAUAGAUCUUCAAAAAACACUGAUGAUGUUUGGGAAUAUGAUCCUGAGACUGACACUUUUGAACUCUUGACUCAAUUGUCAACAGCAGUUCGCAUUAGCAGUGUUGUUAAAUCAGUUGAUAAUAAGUACCUGACAUGGCUCUGAUUCUCAGCCCUCGUAAACAGUUUGUGUGGGUCAAAGGAAAAAGCUGAUGCUGUAUAUGAAUAUGAUCCUGCGACUGACACCUUUUGGAGAGUCUACUAAAUUCUCAACACCAGUUUUCAUUGCCAGUGCUGUUAAGUUCCUUGCUAAUAAAUACUGUACUUCUACUUUAAUUGGUGGCCAUUUUGAAUUGUUAAAGUCCACUAAAUUAAGUAGCGGCUAAAUUCAAUAUUUCAUAUUUCAAUGGUAAAUUUGUAUGGUAUAUACAUUUCACUAUUGCAUGUCCGCCAAUUGUUCGAAGCAGCAAAUCUGCCUUAAUAAGUUGCACAAAAUUAAGUAGAAGUUCAGUACCUGAAUUGUUUCCAAUUCACAACCCUUUUGAACAAAUUGGACUCCAUAAAACAAAUUUUUGAAUACAAAAGAAUGCAAUCUCUUAUCUUUGUAUUCUAUAAACUGAUCAUGGCAUACAGGUCUAGUAUACAGUUUAUGGUCAGGAUUGCAUGUAUAUAAGGAUAUAAGUAAUAGUACAAUAACGUCAUUUCGAAGGGCAAUAUAGUGAAAUAUUGGACCGAGGGCCAAAGGUUAUUAUUAGUAUUAUUACCACCGUUAAUGACCAGGACUGAAACAACAAAAAAAUUCUUAGGCACUGAAUGAUAUCUAAUUUCCCGGGGUAAAUUGCCGGUCGUUAAAUGCAUUCUCGACCGGUCUGGAAUGCUAUAUUGACCACAACUAUGACGUCCCAUAUUGCUCAGGUCGAUAUUGUAAAAUGAAUGCCUUCUAAACUAGCACCAAAAGGCUUACGGACAACUCAUCCCCUAGACAACUCAUCCCUGGACAACUCAUCCCCUG